AAUAUUUAUCGUGACGCACACUAACACACACGAGCAAUCAAGCUAAGCAAUCACCUUCCGAAAGUGUCUGCGCUAUCCUGAAGAUGAUGUGAAUAAGUUAAUAACACAAUCGAAACGCGACAUUUAACGCGAUUCAUAGCGCUUUGGCCGCAAUCUCUAAAACGAAUUAGUUAACGUUACGCUAUUUGCAUGCCAAGCUGGCUCUGAGAUUUUUUUUCACAUCCAGUUAACUAGUCUAUCGUCUCCCUUUUCGGGAUGUCACAGUUCGAGCGUGAACGGGGCUCAGGCCCGUUGCCCAACCGUUGGCUUUACUGUCCACGAAAAAGCGACUCAAUCAUAGCAGACCGGUUCCUCGCCUUCAAAACACCGCUAAGCCAGUCCUUCCAAGACAAGAUGCCCAUCGAAUGCACUUUUCGUCCCGAGAUGCUCUUUGACUACUGCAAAACGCUUAAGCAGCUAAAACUGGGCCUUUGGAUUGACCUGACGAACACAAAACGUUUUUAUGAUCGCAGCGUUGUGGAGGAGCGCGGCGCCCAGUACAUUAAGUUGCAGUGUCGGGGUCAUGGCGAAACUCCAUCACCGGAGCAGACUCACAGCUUCAUUGAACUGGUUGACAACUUUAUCAAUGAGCGACCGUUAGACGUUAUUGCUGUACACUGCACACACGGCUUUAAUCGCACGGGCUUUCUUAUCAUCUCGUAUAUGGUGGAAAAGAUGGAUUGCUCUGUAGAGGGGGCACUUGCCGUGUUUGCAAAGUCCCGUCCACCGGGCAUAUACAAACAGGAUUAUAUCAAUGAGCUCUUCCGUCGCUAUGACGACGAGGAGGACGCUCCUCAAGCCCCAGAGCAGCCCAAUUGGUGUUUGGAAUAUGAUGAUAGCAAUGGCAACGAUAAUUUCGGUGGCGACAAUAGAAAGCGUCGCUAUGAUGACAACUGUUCUUCUACUUCUCAGCAGGCUGCAGCGGCGGCAGCUGGAUCGGGCACUGGAGGAGCUGAGGAGGACGACGAGGAGGACACGGGCGAUUCAAAUGCAAAUUGUGAGGAGGACGCCGCCUCCGGCGAUGGGCAACAAAAGAAGAAGCGACGUCGCGAGCUAAUCGUCAAGAAUGCGGCAUUUAUGGCCGGUGUACCCGGCGUGCGGCAGGUGACAGAUCAGCCUCGUGUCGGUGAAUUGCAGCGUCGGGUGCAGGACUGGUGCCACUGGCAGAAGAAUGGCUUUCCUGGAGCGCAACCCGUAUCGAUGGACCGGCACAACAUCAAGAGGCUCAGCGAGAUACCGUAUAGGGUUUCGUGGAAGGCAGAUGGCACACGAUACAUGAUGCUAAUUGAUGGACGCAAGGAGAUAUACUUCUUCGAUCGCAAUAACUCCUGCUUCCAGGUGGAGAACAUGUCCUUUGUCAGUGGCAAAAAUCUCCACGAUCAUCUCGAUGGCACACUGCUGGAUGGCGAAAUGGUGCUGGACAAGAUUGGUGACACCGUGACGCCACGGUAUCUUGUCUAUGACAUUGUUCGCCUAGCAGGCCGGGAUGUGCGGGAGGAACCAUUCUUUCCAAAUCGGCUGGACUAUAUUAAAAAUGACGUUAUAGGUCCACGCAUCCUUGCCAUGAAGCACGGCAUUAUUAACCGUGCCCUGGAACCCUUUAGCGUGCGAAAUAAGGAUUUCUGGGAUAUAAGCACUUCGGCCCGUCUAUUGGGCGAGAAGUUUUCACGUUCACUAGCUCAUGAGCCCGACGGCCUCAUCUUCCAGCCCUCACAGCAGCCGUAUACGGCAGGCAUUUGCGUAGACGUUUUUAAAUGGAAACCACAUGAGCUCAACUCCGUCGACUUUCGCCUAAAGAUACUGACAGAGCGCGGCGAGGGGCUGUUGACCAAGAAAGUUGGCUUUCUCUAUGUUGGCGGCCAUGAUGCUCCCUUCGGUCGCUUGCAGAAGCUGACAAAGGAGGUUCGUGAGCUAGAUAACAAGAUUGUGGAAUGCACCAUGAAUCAAUAUGGUAACUGGGAAUUUAUGCGUGAGCGAACUGACAAAAAGUUGCCCAACAGCUUCAACACCGCCAACUCCGUCGUGAAGAGCAUCAAGCAUCCUAUUACCAAGGAUUAUCUACUAAGUUUCAUUCAAAAUUUUGGCUUCCGUGAUGAUCAUACAAUGAUGCCGCCUCCAGCCGCACAGCGACGUUAGCCAUGCUAAGAGCAGCUUUCUCCUCUCCUAUGCAGGACCACAUCCACCCCAUAGACACCCUUGACAUACACUCACUAGGAAAUUAAUAAACCAUAAUAAAGAGAGAUUGCAAU